GCCAACGGCUCCCGGGCGGCGAUGGCGCGUGCGGUUGUCCGUUGGUUGCUGCGGCGCGCGCUGGCGGUGCCGGCUCGAGCUCCGUUCCGGGGGGCGGCGGCGGGCACCGGUUACACGGCCGUGGAGCCGGGCAAGCCCGAGGAGAUGGCGUUCGUGGAGUACGCGGCCGCACCGGAGGAGGAGGAGGAAGCGGCGGCGGCGGAGAUCACGGCCCAGCAGCGGGCGCUCAGCGCCCAGGCGGCCCCGGUGGCCAGCGAGCAGGCUACUGCUGCACUAGGCGCUAUGCGCCGCCAGCUGCACGCCAUGGAGGCGCUGAGGCCGACACGGGGAGCCGAGGUCUCACGGGCGGUGCGGGGAGCCGAGCCGCUGGUGACCGAUCCCGGCUUCCCGGCGCCCGAACUGCCGUCCAGGAAGAAGCGGCGACGGCGCCUGGCCGGAGGCGAGGAGAUGGCGGCGGAUGACGAGCGUGGGGGGCACCGGGUGUUCGGCACCGCCGACCCGCUGGUGCCCGCCAGCGACUGCCCGUGUUCAGGCUGUGGCGCGCUGCUGCACUGCGCCGAGCCCUCGCUGCCCGGCUACCUGCCCAGCGAGAAGUUCAAGCAGCUGAGCGAGGCCGGCCCUGGGGCGCUGCGGCGCGCCGUCUGCCAGCGCUGCUUCCUCCUCAUUCACCACCAGAAGGCCCUGGAGGUGCAGGUGCCGCUGGCCGAGUACCAGAGGCUUGUGGGGAGCAUCGCCAGGCACAAGGCCUUGGUGCUUUAUAUGCUCGACCUUAUUGACCUGAGCGGCGGCGGCGAACUGAUCCCCAGCUUAGUGCCUCUAUUGGGACAGCGCAAUACUGUGCUGGUGUUGGCCAACAAGACCGACCUGAUCCCCGCGGACCACCCCAGCUACCUGCAGCGACUUCGGCACCGGGUGUUAGAGCUGUGCAGCCAAGCAGGCCUGUGGACCGAGCCCUGCAGCAGAGGAGACGUGCACCUCAUCAGCGCCAAGACCGGCUACGGCAUAGAGAAACUCAUCUCCCAUUUACAGAGCACCUGGCGUUACAAGGGCGACGUUUACCUGGUGGGCGGCACGAAUGUGGGCAAGUCAACCCUCUUCAACACCCUUCUCCAAUCGGAUUACUGCAAAUCCAAAGCCUCCGAUGUCAUCCAGAGAGCAACAGUGUCCCGCUGGCCGGGAACUACGUUGAAUCUCCUUAAGUUUCCAAUUAUAAAUCCCACACCACAUAGAAUGUUUCGAAGGUUGGAGAGACUAAACGCGGAUAAGUCGCAGUCUGAAGAUGACCUUAUUGAGGAAGAGUUGAAAAACCUUCAGCUACUGAAGAAACAUGGUUACUUGAUUGGUAGAGUUGGCAGAACAUUUCGUAAUACUACAGUGAGUAAAGGGUGCAACAAUGGGAUAAUUGAAUGGGAUCCCGAUAAACUUGCCCUCAGUCCAGAACCCGAAGAUGUUAAUCAAGAAAAUGUCUCGAACACCCAAGACCUAGUGGAAUUCACAUACAAUGAAAUAAAAGAUGCUCGUUGGUUUUAUGAUACACCUGGCAUUAUAAAACAGGAUUGUAUUUUAAAUCUACUUACAAGUCAAGAAUUGAAGGUUGUGAUGCCAUAUUCUGGUAUCAUCCCUCGAACAUAUGUACUGCAGCCAGGAAUGGCGCUGUUUUUAGGUGCCCUUGGCCGUAUUGACUUUCUAAAGGGCGAAGAGUCAGCCUGGUUUUCAGUUGUGGCUUCCAACAAAAUUCCAGUUCACAUAACAAGCCUUGAAAAAGCAGAUUCAAUCUACGAAUGUCAUGCUGGAAAAACACUACUUGGGGUUCCUAUUGGUGACGAGGAAAGAAUGAAAAAAUUCCCCCCUCUGGUUUCUCAGGACAUUGAAUUGGAUGGAAUUGGAACUCUCGAGGCUGUUGCUGACAUUAAAUUUUCUUCAGCAGGCUGGAUUGCAGUGACUGCUCAUUCAAACGAUAGAAUUCACCUUCGAGCUUAUAUUCCUGCUGGAAUUGGCUUAAUGGUUGAGAAGCCACCACUCCUGCCAUUCAUUGUCGGUGUAAAAGGAGAACGAAUUAAAAAAAGUGCAGCCUAUAAACUUAAAAAGCAAUUGCCAUUUGUUCAGAACAUUACAACCCUUAAGAAAAAUGCAAAAAUGUAGCAGAUUUAUUAAAGUGACUGUUAUCUUAUCUAUCUAU